AUGGUCGUCCUUUUAUGGACGAGGACGAAGAGGGGAAAGGAUGCGGAGCUGCACAAAAGUAGACAACCGGUCGUCCAAAGGAUAACGAUUGAUAGGAGUGGAGGCGGUAUGCCGUAUCAUCAAAGCGAUGGACGAAGAGGAACCCGUGACGAGAUAGGACCUAUUUAUAUUCGAGAUCGAGGGGAGGAGCUUCGAGGAUUGAGGACGAUGAUCGACCACAAAGGGAGGCAUCGCGCUGCUGUGCUUGUCGGGCGAGUGGAGGAUAGGGAAAAGGAGCCUGCAUCUAAACAGUUGACGACAAGAGGUGGAGGCACGGCGCGUAUACGCGGCGGCAAUACUUUGUCGGAGGAGCUUGGCGGAUCCGAAGGAAUUUGGUUCUAA